UUGUGAUUUGUCAAAUAUUUCUGAUAACCGAAUGGCAGGCCAAAGCAAAAGCCGAAAUUAAAAGAAACUUUUGCGUUUUUUCAAUUAAUCCUGGUUUGGUUUAGCUAGAAUAAUGUCGAAUAAGACAAAGAAAAGCGCCGGUGGCAACGGAGGAGCGCCAAAACAAACCCGCCAGCAGUCUCAUGAUUCGCAGGAUUACAGCUCCUUCAAGACAGUGCUAUUCUACUGCAUGCUUAUCGUUUUCCUGCCCGUUCUAACCUUUUUUGCCCUAAAAGGCUUCGUUCUGGACCGAUUCCUGGACAUUUCAGAAGUAAAAGUUAAUAUUGCUUCUGCCGUGGGAGCGGUCGUUGCAUUGCACAUCGCUCUGGGACUUUAUAUCUACAGAGCCUACUUCGGAGCUCCCGGAUCCAAGUCAUCUAAAACGGAUUAAACCUCAUUUUCACGGACUGUUUCCCCAUUUCCAUUAACUAUAAGCGGAAAAGCACUCUUGUACAUACAUGCUAUACAUACAAAUGUUUACAUGCCCAGCGAAGGAGGAGGAAGAGAAAGUCGUUUGUAAACCGCGUGUAAUCGUUUUCUAUUGCAUAAGUUUCGAUAACUGGGAGAACGUGUUGUCUAGUGUUCUGCGUGCAUAAUUUGUAUUAAAAAGACAUUAAUAAGUGA